AUGCAAAGACUUCCGGUGGAGUUCACCAAAUCACUUCCGGCGCCACGUCCCAUCCGACACCCCCAGCCGGCGCACACACCAAACUUUCUUGUGCGCCCGCCGCCCACCGGUUUCCACCUGAGCGCGGCCACGUCAUCAGCAACCGGGGGAUAUCACUCACUUCCGGUGUUUUCCUUACCACCGGGAACCAGCUUGACGCCCAGCGGACCGAUUCCGGCACCUGUUCUUCCAUACCCAGGUAUGCCCUUCCCGCCCUUUGCGCUGGAAUCCUCAGCGCACGAACUUCAACAGCUAAACUUCCUUCAGUCUAUUAAUCGCGCGCAACAUGCGACUAGCGUGCAAGAAAACUCCAAAAUAAAAACCCCCAUCAACCGGAACUACCUGGAGCUCGCGAUGCUCGUCUGUAACACAUUUCGCGGGAAGCUCUUCCCGUGUCCGCACUGCCGUUACGUCACGGACCGACGCAACAAUCUGAAACGCCACAUUUCUACCAUGCAUCAGACGUGUGACAAGCUCCUCGAGUGCUGCGGGGUCAGCUUCAGUACCAAGGCGUCACUUCGAGAACACAUCAUGAUAUUCCACCAUAACGGGUACUCGUGUCCCUACUGCGGGCGCCGGUUUUGCCGAAAAGCGUUGCUGAAGAGACACUUGUCCGUUCAUAGCGGGCAGAAAGAUUACAUUUGUCCGAGUUGCGACUAUGCGACCAGCCAUAAAAGCAACCUGGAACGCCACAAACGUAUUCACGAACGCUUGAAACUUGGCGAAGACGGGACGCUGUUCGACUGCGGUGAUUUCACGAGUCACGCGCUCUCACAGAGUCCGGACACGACCGGUAACUCUUGUCUAGAUUCGGAAGCAAAGGGAGACAAUUACGUCGACAUUGAUUCGUCAGACGACAGUUCCGACAUCGACGUUACGGAAGAGUCGUUGCUGGACAACGAAAAAUUACGAAGCUAUCCGAUUUAUGUACCAAACGUAAGACGUGAGCUUAUUGGUCCGAAAUGUUCAUCGAAUAACUCGACCAAAAACGAUACAUUUGAGUGUGAUACAACUAAGCGCCAAAUGUACAAACUGGAAUCGGAUGAACAUGUUGUUAAGAACGAAAUUCCCUUGAAUGACAGGGCCACGUUCUAUCAGAUGUCGCAACACAUAGCUCUGGAUUUUUCUAAGACCAUGCCAUCAAAUCAUAGCGCCGCGUCUUCUACGGCGAGUGUUUCCCAACAGAAAACCUCCUGUGUGAUAGGACCAAAUAGUAUAUUAGAUGACAAUGUAGGGAAGAAACAUUGAUAAUACCCGACAGAAUAUUUACGUGUACAUGAUAGACUUAAACAUAUGUUUGGUAAGUGUGGCUCAACAUAAAACCACUAGGACCAAAUAGUAUUUUAGAAGACAAUGCUGGGAAGGAUCGUUCAUAAAAACCGACCUUAUGUUCACGUGUACAUGAUGGGCGUCAAAAUAUGUUUGAGUUAGUUUACUCAACCUACUAUACAAAUGCCGGGACAAUAUUACAACUUAGUGCAAGUGGAAUGGGGGUUUAAUGCAUGUGCGUAACGUGUCGUCCCAGAUUAGCCUGUCAGUCCGCACAGGCUAAUCAGGGCCGACACUUUCCGCCUUAACUGGAUUUUUGCGAAGAAGAAGAUACUUUCUUUAAAAGAAAAAUAACAUAAAAGCGGAAAGUAUCGCCCAUGAUUAUCCUGUGCGGACUGCCCAUGCAUUUAUCCCCCUUUGGUUAAAGUUUUGUUUACUAUUUCUUUUGUUUAAAUGCAUCAUUUCGAAACAGUGCAGAUAUCAGAUUUGUCAAGUAAAUAAUUUUCUUUUAAAAAGAAAACAUCCAUAUACUUACCGGUAACCACAAUGGUGGGCCGUGUCAACUGUAACAAACAUAUUUUACGCUUUACUAACCCUACCUGACAGAAAUUUUUACCUCAUGUUGUAGCAGAUGAAUCACGUAUGAUUGUUUCUUGUACGUGUGUUGUUUAUUUAAUGAAUACAAAUAUUUAUUGUCAAAUCAUUAUUUUACCACAUUAUUCCCAGUGGCAAUGUAAACAACUUU